AUGCCGCUACACUCUCACCACCGCUCGUCUUUGAGCAACAGCAACAAAUCUUCCAGCGACGAGGCCGAAGACGAGACCGUCGUCGAGCCGGAUCAGGGCAAUGUCCUGUCCCAUAUCAUAUCUCAGCUUCGCCCCGGAGCUGACUUGAGCCGCGUCACGCUCCCAACGUUCAUUCUCGAGCCGCGAUCGAUGCUGGAAAGAAUUACAAACUUCAUGGCGCAUCCGGAAACACUACUACCCAUGCCCGAACACGACGAUCCAUUAGAACGAUUCGUGUCCGUGGUCAAAUUCUACCUGAGCGGCUGGCAUAUCAAACCUCCGUACGAAAUCUUCACCUUAACCGAAAGCAUGAAUAGACGGCACUCGCGGCUACUACAUCUCGGAACAGACGUCCCACCAUCCGCCAAAAUCCAGCUACUUCUUCAUGGCGCCCGAGCAUCACAUCAGGAUAGACGGCACGCUCAAGCCGCGCACAUUCUGACGCAACCCAACAUGUAUGCGCGCGGCAUUCUUUUCGGCAAGAUGAAAUACGAGCUCGGAGACCACAGCUUCAUCAAAUGUCCAGAGAACCACCUAGUGUGCGACGUCGAAUUCAAGACUAAGGGCUACUUCUCCGGUACAUACAAUGCCAUUGCCGGAACAAUCAAAAACGAUCAAACGGGCGAAGUCUACUAUGAGAUUUCGGGUCUGUGGAAUGGCGAGAUGUAUUUGAAGAACCAUGUCGUGGGUUGCCUCUCCCUUCUCAGAAGAGAUAUCUUCAAGCUGACCAUCUCCCAGACAGGCAAAAAGGAACUCCUAUUCGAUGCGAGUCACGCCAAACACACUGUCCCUCUCACACGCCCUCUCGAGGAGCAAUCCGAACGCGAGUCUCAGAAACUAUGGCACAGCACAGUGCAAGGACUAAACGCCCGAAAUCACGAAGCAGCGACAAGCGAAAAGACCAAAAUCGAAGACCAGCAGCGCGAAGAAGCUGCCAAACGAGCCGAAGAGAAUGUCGAAUGGCGACCGCGACUCUUCCGUGCUGUCCGCGGCGGGCCGGGAGGGUCAGAAGAGGGCGAGGAAGAUCUCGACUGGAUCAUUAAUGCUGAAGUGUAA